AUGAAUUCAAUUUAAUGGUUUUAUGAUCAUUAAUAGCAUUUUAACUCCAUUUGUUUUGAUGAUUAAACUCUUAGAUGUUCAUACAAUUAAAUUGAAUCUAUAAUUGAAUCCUUCUUAAAAGUUAUUCCUCUAUAUAUCAAACAAUCUGGGGCUAUUGUAUUAUCUUUGUUACACAUAGUUAAUGACUUGUUGAGGAUACUUUUUACAUAUUAAAUUAAAAAUACCAAUCAUUAAAUAUUUGAAGAAAGAAAGAAUAAUUUUCAGUCUUACAUAAGUGAAAUAAAAUAAGAAAUAGAACAAUAGAAUGAAAGUAUAUGGAACACUGGUAUUGAAUUUGAAUUAAUGAUGAUAAACACAGUAAUUACUCAUAUAAGAACUAAUUCAGAAAAAGGAAAAGAAUUUGCAUAUAAAGUAUUAACAGGAUUAAUAAUUUCUUUUGGGAGUAUGAAAUUAAGCGAUGAAUUCUUAUCUGCAAUAAAGGAUGCAGGCUCAUUUCUUCUAGAAACACUUUAUGAUCAAUAUAUAGAAAAUCCUUUAGAAAAAUAUCAAAUUUAUUAUUAUUUUGAAAACUUAAGAUGGAAAAUUAUAUAAUUUUUAGAGAAUUAACAUCCUGUGAAAAAGAUCUUUGCAUUGUUAUAGGAUGGUUAUAAUAAAUACAUUUUUAAUUCAUCAGAUUGGACCAUUCAUUAUUGUUGGAUAAAUAUGAUUUCUGAUUUAGUUUCUUAUCGACCCAUAAUCUAGAAGUCAAAUAUCUAAAAAGCUAAUCCAUAAAUUAAAAACUUAAAUUAUAAUUGGGAAGAACUUAUUGAAAAUAAAUUGAUUUAAAUAGUUCCAUAUAGCAAAUAAAUUGCAAAAUUGUAAUUAUUCUCUUAUGAUAAUAAAAAUGUAAAUUAAUUUUUAUCAUCCAAUUUGAAAGAGUUGAAACUAUUUUAAGAAUUCUUAAUAUCCAACCCUUAAAUUCAAUAAAAUGUUUUUAAGGUAAUCUCUGAAAAAGCAGAAAUUAAACUAUGGAAUCAUUAUCUAAAUUUUGAAUUUAAGAAGAAUAAUCAACCAUUAACUUAAAUAGAUUAACUACUAUCAUUAUUUUCUAGUAUGGAAAUCUCUAAAUAGAUUAAUUUUCUCAUAUAACUUUACGAAAAGCAUGUAAAUCAAACAAUCUAAAUUUAUCAGGAUCAAGAAGAAGCAUUUGAAAAUUUAUAUACUAUUAAGGAUGAUCAAGAAUUUAAAAAAAAUAUUAUUAUUGACAAUAUAAAAGAUUUGCUACGCCAAUGUUUAUUAGAAUUUUAGUAAAUUAUAUAUAUAAUUUUUUUACUUGAUUAAGGAUUUAAAUUAGAGUUCAAUAAAAUAAAAUAAUUAAGCAAAAUUUUAUUAUUUAAAGAAUAACAAACAAAAAAGAAUAAUGAAUAGCCAAAACAUUCUGAGGCUUUAAAAUCAAUUAAUGAAUCACUUGAACGAAUUAACAUAACUCAAACAUAUGAAAAAAUCAUUAAAUAUCAUAUUGAUUUUAUGAAGGAUGUCAGCUAAAAUUCAGUCAAAUUGAUACUAUUCCAAAACAAUGAACAAAUUUGUAACUCAAAUACAAAAAGUCUUAAAUAAACUAAAGAUUGGAUUCAAAAUUUACUUAUUUUUAGAGAGGAAUUCUAAUUAGCAGUGCAAGAAUUUCAAAAAGCAUAAAGCCUAGCAAGAUAACUAAUAAAAUCAAUUUAAUUAGAUAAUCUUAAAAUUGAAUUAGGCUUAAAUUAUGGAGAGUUAAUAUAGUUAUUAAAGGAUUAUCAUAAAACCAAUUUAAUUUAAUUUUAUUAAGAGUUUACAGUUUCGAAGGAUGAUAUCUAAAAUAAAUUGAUUAACAAUGAUGAAUAGAUUGCUAUUGGAGAAUUAGAAUUUUAAAUCCAAAUAUAAAAAAUUACUAAAUAAUUACUAAGACUAUAUUAAUUUUAAAUAAAUGAAUUUUAAAUAAAGUUCUCUUUAUUCACUAAUUAAGAAAAGAGAGAUGUAAUUGAGAAUAAUUAGAGCAACCAAUUAUUAUAAAAUGCUUUGCAAUUUGUAUAAAAUUAACAAUCAACAAUAUAAUAAGAAUAUUUUAAUUUAGUUAAUGAAAAUUAAGAAAAUAAUUUGUCUAAAAGUUGUAAAAAAAUUAUUUAAUAAAUAUUUUCAGAUCAAACGAAUCUAAUCUAAAAAUUUAAAUAAGAUGGAAAUUUUAAUUAGUAUUUAUCAAAUAUGAAUGAUAUUUAAGUUAGGCUCUUAUAAAUAAAGAUUAAAAAACAAGUUUCAAAGGAAGACUUAGAUGCUAUUGUAAAUAAUUACAAUAUUUUAAGAACCUCCUUAAUAUCUAAAAUUAACAAUCAGAAAGAAGAAAAUUAAUUACAGAACGACAAUUAAAGUAUGUUUAUAUCCUCUCUUCAGACUAUUGAAAAAUUUCAAAGUUGUUUGAAAAAAUAAAUUUAAACAUUAAAAAAUGUAAAGGAUUAUUUAUUAUUAAAAUUCAUCUAAAAUAAAUUUAAAGGAGAAAAUUAGAAUAUUUAUCUGGUAGAAUUGGAAAAUAAUUUGAAAAAGAUGUUAAAUGACUAUUAGGAGACAUAGUAUAUUAAUUAACUUUACAUUUAAGAAAAAAAAGAUUAAUUAGAUAAUAAGCAAUCUAUAAAUAACAAUUCUAAUUAACACAAGAGCUUGAUUCUUUUGAAUGAAAAAAAUAAUUAGGAAUUAUUUUAGAAAUCAAAAAUUUUUUUCCUUUUUGAAGAUUGUAGCUUUUUUAGAUUUGACACAAUAAAUGAAGGAUUAUCAAUAAAAAUAGAUCAAAAUUUUAUUUUAAUAAUAAAAGAAUUAUAAGAAGGAACAAAAGAUGUAAUAUAUAAUUCGAUUUAAAGUUCAUUUUAAAGUAAAUCCUAUAAAGUUAGAGAAUCAUUAUUUUUUAAUUUGACAAAAAUUUAAUCUUAAUUAAAGGAAGAAAAUGUGAAAGCAUUUUGUUAAUAAUAUAUAAAGGAAAUGUGGAUUUGUGAAAAGCAUGUUAAUGUUAGAUAAUUAUUAAAAAACAAAGAAUUUAUAAAAUAAUAAAAAAAGUUAUUUUCAACAAACUUGUAUUCAUUCUCUAAUUAGAUUGAGAAUGAAUUUAGGAUGAGAAUUCAAAGGAUAGAAACUUUGGAGCAAUAAAUUCGAUUAGAAGGAAAAUCUCCUUUAGGAGAAUAACUAAAUAAAUAAUUAAAGCAAGAAUUUAAAAAUUUUUAAGAAUCUUUUGAAAAUAUUACUGAAAUGUCCAAUAAACUUGACUUGAAUCUGAUAUUUUUAAAAGAAAUAGUUAAAGAUAUAAAAUAAAUAAAAAGUAGUAUUGAUAAACUUUAUGAUACUCUUUAAGAAUUUGGAGACGAUCUCAAAAAAUUAAGAGGAAAGAACUUUCGAGAGUUAUUGGAUAUAAAAAAAUACAGAGUUUUAGAUUAAAAAAAGACAUAAUCUUUAGAUUAAGUCUAUAUUGAAUUGCAUACAAAAGAAUAUAAUCCUGUAACAGGAAUUUAAAUUCCAACUAAAAAAGGAAUAGAAUUUUCAACUCUAAUAUCAAAUAAAGAAGAUGAAAAAGAUGCUGAAAUCAAUAAAUUUUUAUGGAUAGAAAAUAAUAAAGAUGUAUUAUUAUUAAGAGGUUAAGCAGGAUCAGGUAAAAGUAGAGCAGCAACAAAAAUUGAAGAAACUCUUUGGGAAAUGGAACACAUAAAACCUAAUUGGAAACCAAUCUAUAUAUCAUUACCUGGAUUGAAAAAUCCAAUUCAUAAUUUAAUCAAAGAAGCUCUAGGAUCAGAGUAAUAUUAAUUUGAUCACAAUUAAAUAAAAGAAUUUAAAGAUGAAAUAUUUAAUGGUAAGCUUAAUUGUGUUUUUAUUUUAGAUAGCUAUGAUGAAAUGAAGCAAUAAUUUAUUCAAGAAAAUAUCUAUAAAACAAAUAGAUUGAAAUAAGAAUUAAAUAUUGAUAAACCAGGUAAUAAAGUAAAAAUAAUUAUUACCACUAGAAAUGACAUUUUAAAUUAAAAAGGAUAUCAUACCUAAUUCUAUGCAGAAAGUGUAGAUUUUUUAAAAGAAGUAGAAAUAUAACCUUUUAAUUAAAAUCAAACAAUUAACUAUAUUUAAGAAUACUGUUUAUUGAGUGUUAAAAGGAAGGUUGUUAAUUGUUAUGAACAUGCAAAAUAAAUUCAAGGAUAAUUGAAAGAUAGAGAAGAAAUAAUAGAAAUCUGGUAAAAUAUUGAGAAUAAAUUAUUUGGAAAUCAGCAAAAAUCAAAUUAUUCCAAUUAGGAUACCAUAUUAGAUAUUUAUCUUAUUGACAAGAUGAUUGAAAUAUUAAAAACUGAAAUUUGUUUCUCAUCUUUAAGUAAAGAAGUCUUCAUUUAUUUGAGAAAAGAAUUGAAUGAUUUAUGGAGUUAGAAUAAAUUUCUAAAAACUAUUGAAAAUUUGUAAAUAAAAGAAUUAUUAUAAACUCCUUUUAUGAUGUCGAUAAUUGUUUAAGUUCUACCUUCUAUUUUGAAUUAAUCGUUGGAUGAUGAAUUACUUCUAAAGAAUUUUAAGUAGAAUUACUUGAAACUUAAAUUAAAAAAAGAAACAUCAAAAUAAGUUAUAGAAUUUAAUAACAGAUUAGAUAAAAUAUAAUUUAAACCUUUCUUUUUUGAAUAGAACGAUGAUAAAUUAUUAGAAUAAAAAAAAGAGAUGGAAAUCUAAUUUAAACUUAUAUUAUAAAAAAUGGAAGAUAAAUAGUUUUUCUAACAUUAUACAAUAGCUGAAAAAUUAGAUUAUGACGAAACUAGCAUAAUAUUUAAAAGAGGAAAUAUUGAAAUAGGAAAGGAAGAAACAGAUCUUGUCUAUUAAGCACUUAAAAUGUAGAGAAUGAAGGUAACAGAUUUUUAUGAAAGUUUUAUCAAUUUUUAUCAUUAAUCAUAACUUUAGAAAUGGAAAGAUAUUGGUAAAGCUUAAAAUUAUGAAGGAUUAAUUAUAGAUAUUGAAGAAUUUUCAGAAUCAUUAGCACUAGAGAUGACAUAAAACUAAUAAGUUUAAAUUAUUUACAGACCAAAAGGUAAAUUAAAAAUGAAAAUGAAAUAAAAUUAAGGAUUAACCACCUAAAAUUGGGAAGAUUAAUAUUUUGAUAAUUUUUUAGGAAAUUUAGAAUAUAAUAAAAUUUUAAAGAGUUGUAUUUUACUGACUGCAAAAGGAAAUUCAUAUUCUUUUUUGCAUAAAUCAAUAUAAGAAUUUUAUGUUGGUCGAUAUAUUGUGAGAGUUUUAACAAAAAUUUUUUAAUUAGACAUUAAUAACGAUUAAAAAUAGAUUAAAGAAAGCUUAAUAAAUCAAUAAAAUUUUAAUUUAUCUUAACCUUAAUAUUUAGGAACGUUUAAAUUAAUAAAGAAUAAUCUAAGAUUUGAGAAUAACUAAUUAUCAAAGAUUAUAAGUAUAAUUUAAUUGACAAAAGAAAGUUCAGAAUACAUUUCUAUAAGUUCAAAUUUAUUUUAUAUUUUAAGUCUAUAUGGAUUAGUUUUAGAAAACGAAGAAUUGACUAGAAUAAAACUUGCUAAUACAAAUUUAUAAGGUCUAUCUUUUUAUUAAUGCAAUCUUUCUUAAUCAAAGUUUGAUUAGGUAAAUAUUGAUUGUUGUAAUUUUAAUAAUUCAUUAUUAAAUGGUGUUGAAUGGACAAAUAUAAUUUGUUAAGAAAAACCAGCUUUAAUUGUACCUGGAAAAUAAAUUACUACUUUAUAAUAUACAAAAUAAAAUUAAAUAAUAGUAUCAGGAACAAAUGAUGGCUAAAUAAUAUUUUGGAACUUAGAUGAAUAUAAGAUUAUUAUAGAAAAAUAAGUAAAUAAUGGGGAAAUAGAUUAAUUAAAAUUCUAUGAUAAAUAUAGACAAAUGUUAUGUUCAUAGAUUGAUUUAAUAACACUAUGGAAUGUUUAAGAUUUGAAAAAUAUUUCUAUAAUAAGAUCACUAAAACCAGAACCAAGAGAGUUAAAUAAUAGUGUAUUUCUUACUCCUGACUUUUAAUAUAUACUUUAUUCCGGAUUGGCCAGAUAGGGGUGUAAAAAAAAGUAUUGUGUUUAUGUAUGGGAUAUUUAUAAUUAGUGUCAAAAAGAAAUAGAAAAAGAUGAAUACAACUUAAACUUUGAAAUUAAUACAGCAGAAUUUUCAAAUGAUGGGAAAUUACUAGCUGUAAGUGGUUAUGAAAUUUUAAUUCUGUUUAAAGUUGACGAAUAGAAUAAAUUAGAAGAAAUAUGUUCCAAAAAAUUAAUAGGUUUACAAAUUUAAUAUAUUUAAUUUCAAGAAUAGGCAGAUGAAUUAAUUAUUGGAGAAAAAAGUGGAGAUUUGUUUUUUUUUAGAUUAAUAGAAAACAGAGAAUUGUAACAUUAUAAAACAAUUAAAAUAUAUCAGUAGAUAGGAACUAGAAAAAUUUCUAGAAAUUCUAAUUAUUUAAUUUUAUAAAUAGCGGAGAAGGAUUUUGAGGUUUAUAAAUUAACAAAUAUAAUAAAUGAUAAUUAAAAUCUAGCAAACCAUCUAUUAGAAACAAAUUUAAAUAAUAUAAUGAAUAUUAGAUUUUGUUUUAUAAAAUAGUAUUUUUACUUUGCUUAACAAAAUACAGUUUCCAUCAAGAAAUUAACAAAAAUGUAGUAAUUAGAAGAUAUUACAGAGAUCAAAUAAGAUGAAGCAAUUUAAAUUAUUUCAAUAUCUAAUAAUGGUUAAUUUCUUGUUAUAGGAAAUAUAAAUUAUGAAGUAUCUUUAUUGGAAACUUAGUCAUUUAAAAAAAUAAAAACUAUAAUAACACAAAAAAGUGUCGAAUAUAUUAGUUUUUCAUUUAAUGAUUAAUAUCUAUGCUUAAGUUCUAAAAAUACAUAAGUUUGGGAUAUUUCUGAUCUAAGUAAUAUGAUUUUAUUAAAUACUUUUGAGAAUAUUCAAAUGAUUUUAUCACCGUUUGAAAUAACAAAUCAUUUAGUUAUGUAUAAAACAAAUGAAUAUAAAAAAAUAAAUAUUGGAGUAUUUUCUAAUUGGAAUGAGAUUGGUUAUAUAAGCAGGACAAAUCUAUCAGAAACAAUAUAGUUUGGCUAUUUAAAUGAAUUAAUAUAUUUUAAGAUAAUCUCAGAUGAAAUUAUAUUAGUAAAAUUAGAAAAGCAAAAAGAAAUACAAAGAAUAAAGUGUAGACCAAAAAAUAUAUUUUGUUCUCAACACUUCAUGAUUAUUCAAGAAGAAGAUAAGUUACUAUUUUAUGAUAUCAAAGAUAUUCUAAAAGAAAAUCAUGCUUUUUUAAUCUACAAAGAAUAUAUUGAAAAUUUAUUUCAAGUUUUUUGCCUUGAUGCAGAAAGACUUAUCUAUGCAAUAUGUUAUUGCAAUGGACGUUUUGAGAUCAAAGAUUAUUCAUUUACCUCUCAAUUUUAAAUCAGUAAGUACUUUUAUUGUAAUUCUUUAAUUAUAAAUGAUAAGUAAUUAGUUUUGUAUGAUUCAAACAUAUUAUUUUAUGAUUUAAAGACCUUUUCUAAAAUUGCUACUAUAGGUAUUUUUGAACUUGGUAUGAUUUAAAAUAUUAAGUUGUAAUAUUCGCAUGAUAAUUCUGUAAUUGCAGGCUAUGAUUCAACUAUUUACAUGACUUGUAUUUUGAUAAUAAAUGUUAAUGAUAAUAAUGAGGUUACUUAUUAGAAAAAUAAUACUUAAUUAAAUGAUGAUUAUGAUGAGAAAUAAAUAAUUUAAAAUCUAAUUUUUAUAGAUAAUAGUCAUUUUGCUACGAUAAAAUCUAGUUUAUAAAUUAGUAUCUGGAUAAUUGAUGAUUUAAAAAAAAUUAAAAUAUAAAAAGAGUAUUUUUUUAAUUAAUCUAUUUGCUCAAUUAACUCAAAGAAUUUAAUCUUAACUUAGAAUACUAAACUUACUUUAAUAAAUUAUCCAAACUAAAAAAUUUUAUAGAAUGAUACUUUAUAUAAUUUUAGCGAUUCAAAUUUUCAUAUAUUUUAUUUAGAAAAUAAGGGGGAGAUAGUUUUAUUUUCUAUUAGCAUCUCUUCCAUAAUUUCUAUUAUCAAUUUUUAUAAUAUCAAUUUUUAUUUUUAUUAAAAUAUGAUACUAUAAAACUGUCACAAUAUUACUAAAAAGAAUAAUGACUCUUAAUUAUAUUAGGAAAUCAAUAAUGCGAAAUUAUUAUCAGAUAAUUAAACUCUAGUUUUUACAACUAAAGAGAAAGAUGUUAUUUUUUAUGACAUAAAAGUUUAUUGUAAAACAUAAGAAUUUAAAGGUGAAUCAUUUUGUAUUUCUUUAGAUGAAAAAUUAUUAAUAACAAGUUUAGAUAGAUAAUUAUUCUUGUAUGAUUUAUAAUCUAAAAGUUUAAUUGAUAAAUUUGAAGGUCAUUAAUCCAAAAUAACUUCAUUUUCUAUUUCUUCGAAUAAUAUGACUUUGAUUUCAGCUUCGCAUAAUUCAGAGAUUAAAAUUUGGAGUCUAUAGUCUUAGAAAUAAACCUAGGAAUCUAAUUUUCAUGAAAGAUUAAUUUAAAAAUUAAAAUUCUCUUUGGAUGGAAGCACUUUAUUUUCAAAUAGUGAUGAUGGUACUUUAAACAUAUGGAAUAUUGAAAAUAAUAAAUUAGAAUAAUCUGAAAAAAACCACUAUAAUUUUAAUUAUUCCCCAGAAGAAGAAUUUUUAUUAUCAUAAGAAAAUUAAAUGGUCAACACCUUAAUUUAAUAUGAUUUAAAAUUUAAAUAGCAUAAGUAGUAUAUAUCUUUUAUAAAAUGGAAUAAAUAUCAUAUUAUUUCGAAAGAUGAACUUGUAAUUUAGAGCGAUAAUUCAAUUAUAUUCUUUAAUGAAAAGAUACCAGAAAUUGAGAAUAGAAAAUGGCAUAUGAUAUAUGGAGGUGAAAGAUUUCUUGAGGAUAAAUUUAUCUUUUCUUCUUCAUUCUAAAUUUUUGCAUUCUGGCAAUAUUAUGGGAAAUAUGUAGAGGUUCACGCUUCAAAAUAAAUUGAUCAAAUAUUAAUGUCAAUUAAGAAAGAAAAUGACUAGAUUUUAAGUGUUUGUAUAUCUUUUGAUGAUAAGUACUUGAUUCUAUCUACAAAAAUAAUGAUUGAAUAAUUCAAUAUUGAAAAAAAAGAAAAGGUUGCUUAAUUCUUAAUUCCUAUGGUAGAAUACACUUAUUUUGUCAUGAAGGGCUAUUUACUUACAUUUAGCAAUAAAGAAGGCAUAUAAAUUUGGGAUAUAUAAUAAACAGAAAAAUAAGUUCUUAUACAAUCCAUUAAAAUUGAUUCAUUCUUUCAAUAGGUUAAAAUUAACUCUAGGAUAUGUGUAUCAUAAAACGGAUAAUUCAUGGCUUUUGUAUCAGGAGAUGAAGGGUAAGCAGUA